AGUCAUGCUGAACACUCUGCUGGGGUCCUUCGUGAUCUCGUCCGUGUUUUUAGCAUCUGUCGUGAGCCAUGUGUAUGGCGAACAACAACCUCUAGAACUUCCGGCGACUACUGCAGACUGGGAUGCUUUGAAGGCUCAAGUGGGUGGAAGGUUGUACCCGGCCGUUCCUUUUUCGAAGCCUUGCUACGAGAACGCAGAUUCGGAGGAGUGUCAGGCCGUCCAGAAAGGCUAUGGAGAUGAUGUAUUCCGGUCACAACACUUUGGCGCAUACGUCAACACCAACUGGGAGACAUGCCAGGCAACUGGUGCGGAGUGCCUUCUGAACUCUACAAAUCCUUUAGAUGUGUCGCCCACGACACCUCCACACCACUGUCAAUUGGGAGCAGUACCGAGCCACUACAUUGAGGUUGAAGACCCAAAUGAUGUUGCCGCUGCGUUCGACUUCUCGAGGAAGACGGGUGUGCAUGUCCUCGUCAAGAAUACUGGUCAUGACUACAAGGGCCGAAGCAGCGCUCCGAACUCACUGGCUCUUUGGACCCACAAUUUGAAGACCAUGUCGUAUGAUCCCAAGUUCGUCCCGGAAGGCUGUCCGGCGACUGAGAGUAAGUCUGGUGCAACGCUCGGUGCCGGAGUUCAAUGGGGAGAAGCAUACCCCUGGGCUGAGGAGAACAAUAUCACACUUGUAGGCGGCAGCGACAAGGGUGUGGGCGCUGUUGGUGGCUGGCUCCAAGGUGGCGGACAUGGUGCCCUCACUAACACACUUGGGUUGGGAGUGGACCGAGCUCUCGAAUUCAAAACUGUGACCCCAGACGGCAAAUAUCGCAUCGCCAAUGCUUGCCAGAACAAGGACCUUUUCUGGGCUCUCCGUGGAGGUGGUGGAGGAACAUUCGGUGUCGUCCUCGAAGCCACAGUCCUCGCCUCGCCACCCGUGACUCUCCAGGUCUUCGUUGUGCUCUGGGAGAAUACUUACAUCAAGCGCACCCGCAACCUCUGGUCCAUCCUCGUUGACAACGCCAUCAAAUGGGCAGACGAAGGCUGGGGCGGUUUCGUCAACGGUCAAUCCGCCAUCUACAUAAACCCGAAGCUCUCGAAAGAGGAGGCGGCGAAGUCGAUGGCUCCAUUGACCAAUUUCGGACAGAAGUUGGUGGAGAGUGAGCGAAAGGCGGGACGGAACGAGACGCAAGUUCAGGUGCUGGAGUUCCCGAGCUGGGGGACGUUCUUCGACGCGUUUGCGAGUACGGACUCGGCUGAUAUCGGCAUGAACCUCGCUCUUACAUCUCGGCUUAUACCACGCUCCAGCUUCUCGUCCUACUGGAAUCGUUGGACCCUCAAAUCUGCCCUGGGUGCUGCACACGCACUCGCCCCUGGCCUCCGAUUCCUCGUCAGCCCUCCUUCUACUUUCCAAAGCGCCCCAGGAACCACGAGUGUCACGGAAGCGUGGCGCGACUCUGUCUACCAUAUCACCUUGGUGGAAAGUUGGGGAUGGAACGCUACGAAAGCGGAAAUGAAGGAUAAGUAUGAGACUGCGAAGAAGGCGAUUGGCCAUCUGAGGGCCAUCACGCCUGAUGCUGCGUACUCGAACGAAGCAGAUGUCUAUGAGCCUAACCAUGAAGUGAGCUUCUGGGGUAAGAACUACCCCGAGCUUAUGAGAGUCAAGGGUAAAUAUGACCCCGACCAUCUCCUUGAUUGUUGGCAAUGUGUCGGCUGGAACCCGGAGUCAACACGCUUUUCCUGCUAUCUGCGGUGAAGAGAGCCUGGACGCUUACGCCGGAAACGCUUGCUGUGGAUUUGCUUAGUUUCAUGACCAGAAAUGCUGUUCUCAGUGUUUCGACGGACGUUUCUUCCUGGACCUCAUGCAUAUUUAUACCGACCGCAGUCUCCUAUGCUUUGGAGGAUUGGACUGUUCUCAACGAUAGUGAUUACGUGCACGCUUUAUGACUUACUAUAUUUUGUUCUCUGUUUUUUUUUUGUACGCCACUGCGCCCGCCAC